AUGCUGCAAACCGGGAAUCAGCAAGAAGACUGGUUAAGUGGAGCAAGCAAUGGCUUACAGGACAUGCUCCCGCGCUCUGACUUGCUUAGAGCCAGACAAAAGGCACCUUUAGACCCGUCCUUCGCCCCUCCAGCGUCACAGGCGCCUGAGCAUCUGAGAGGAGGAGGUUCCUUCACACAGGGCCAAACCACAUCUUGGGCUCGAGGGAGUGACCCUUUGCGCGACCGAUCCGGAUCAAAUUUAGACAAUGAAGGCCCUGCAGGUUUCAGUGCCUAUGGGGGUGGCCACAGCCAGUCUACUGCCUACUCGGGGGGGCUGCCGCCAGCAGGCGGGGCCGUGGUCUCUGCCGCAGCUCCAGUAGCAGCUCCGGUAGUGACGGCAUCCGCUUCCUAUAGAGGAGGCCCUGGUGCCAAGGGUUGCACUUGA